AUGUCAAUUUUAUUUCAAACGACUAUAUUGAUUGUUUAUUUGGUUUCAUUAUCAACUCAAACUAAUAUUGGGCAUUCAUGGAACAAUCAUCACUGGGACCUAGAAAAGGAAACACAACAACAACAAUAUCAAGAUGACAUUGAUCGUAUUGAUGAGCAUAAUGAUGAUGAUGAUGAUAAUGCUAAUGACGAUGAUAAUCAAUAUUUGUAUUUAUUUAAUUUAAACAGACAACCAUCCUAUUCAACUAACUUCAGGCGUAAAGUAUUUUCAGGUCCAAAAAUCAAUUUACCUAUUGAUAUAGAUGAAGAUGUUGAUAAACUACAAGAAUCGGCUUCUUCUUCUUCUUCUUCUUCGUCUCCUACAGAUGAAAACAAUGAAUAUUUAAAUCCAAUUUGGCCAAAUCUAAUUUAUUAUAGAAAUCCUUUAAAAAAACGUGAUUGGUUGAAUGAAAAUACUCAACUAACGGAUAAUAGUUUGAUUGUAAAAAAAAUGCCAGAAACUAUAAAAUGGUCUACACCAAUUCAACCGGGCAAUUCAAAAGAUUUACGUAAAUUACGUAAUCUAGAUACAUUUAAUACAGAACAAUAUAAACAUCGAGAUGAAGCAAAAUCAGAUGGUACACAUCAGAAACAUUCAAGAUCUUGGACAAACGAAAGUGAAUCAGCCGUAAACGAACAAAGCGAACGUCAAGGCUGA